UGGCCAUGAGCACGAACAGGUGAUUAGCCUCUGCAUCUGUUGGUUGGCUAAUUUUAGGCUUGUGAUGUGCAAUGAAAUUCUCUGAUUCUCAAAGCCUGAAGGGUAGACCUACCUCUUAAGGAUGUACUUAGGUUGUAGAGUAGACUUAUGAACUCACGAAGUUGGUUGCUUUGCUGAUAAUAACUCAUGUUGGUUAUGUCAAUGAUAUUCCAACUUCAACUCAGAAGAGCCCCUAUGAUUGAGCAGAGAUUAAGCAGUUGAAGUAUAACCAGCUUCUCAUAACCCACAUUUCGUACUAGUGUUGUUAAUUCUGAUGAUUACUGGAUGUAUAAAAAUCCAAGUGUUCACAGCCAACAAGUCCCAAAGAUAGUUUCUCGUUGAGAUCUCCCAUGACCUCUCAACUAGGGAAUUUUA